UCUUCCCCAAUUCACAUACACAAACUUAUGCAUCCACCCAUGGAGGACUGGGUCAGAUGCCAAGCAAUCGGGCAAGGUAGUAGCGCAAAUGUUAGUUUAGCGAAACCCGCAAAUCAUACUUCACGUUUUCCGCCAUUGAUCGCGGUUAAAUCGUGUCAUGUGGCCAGGUCAAGCUCUUUAAAGAACGAGUUUACAAUCUUGAAUGAACUUAAAGGGUGCCCGGAGAUUGUCGAGUGUUACGGCGAAUGUUUUACGCUUGAAAACAGUGAAAGAUUGUAUAAUGUUGUAUUAGAGUAUGCUUGUGGAGGAUCUUUAGCCGACAAGGUGAAGAGUUCGGAGAACUUAAGGUUGUCGGAAUCUGUUGUUCGAAGGUACACGAAAUCGAUAUUAAAAGGGCUUCAGUUUAUUCACCGGAGAGGGUUUGUGCAUUGUGAUAUCAAGCUUCAGAAUGUUUUAGUGUUUUCCGGCGACAAUGUUAAGAUUGCCGAUUUCGGGUUAGCGAAAAAGGCGGAUGCGGCUGAGGCAGCGGAGGGUUUUGAUACUAAAUAUGAGGUACGAGGUACGCCGUUGUAUAUGUCGCCGGAAACUGUAUCCGGCGGGGAGCAGGGGCCGGCGGCGGAUGUAUGGGCGGUUGGGUGCGUUGUGUCGGAGAUGAUUUCUGGUAAGCCGGCAUGGAGGUGUACGGAUAUAGGCGCGCUUUUGAUGAAAAUCGGCUCCGGGGAUGACAUUCCGGCGAUUCCCGGGAAGUUGUCGGAUGUCGGAAAAGAUUUUCUCGGAAAAUGUUUUGAGAAAGAUGUGAGUAAAAGAUGGACGGCUGAGAUGCUUUUAAAUCAUCCGUUUAUGGAUGGUGAGGAUGAAUUCCCAUCGAAUUCGCCAAGAAAUCCGUUUGAUUUUCCGGAAUGGGAAUCGGAGCGAUGGGAUAUGGUAACGGUAACGACAACGACAACGAAGUCGUUUAGCUCGCCGGAAUUGGAAUCGUGGGCUGGAGUAGAGGCGUGUGUGUCGACGGCAAGUCGGUUACAGCAGUUGGUGGUGGAGGAGAGACCCGAUUGGUUUUUUACAAGUAGUUGGAUCACGGUUAGAGAGCCGCAAUUUUCAUGAUGCGUCUUGUCUAGUGACAUCACGUGUUUAUUCCUAUUAAAGUGUUGCGGCUGGCUUCUAGUGUUACAAAGUGAGCUAUAGAUUUUAGAUUUUAGGGGUGGAUUUUUAAGGGAUGUUUGCUAUUAAAAAAAGGGAAGAAAAUAGAAUUUUAGUUUUGAUUUUUGAAUUUUGAUCUAGAUGUAAAUAUGGUCAUGCAAAUGUGAUUUUGAUUAGAGAUGAGAUUGAUACUUUAUGGCAUCGUUAUUCUUUUUCUGGUA